AUGCGAGGCCGGAAGAGGCGGAGGGGGCUUCCGUCGCUGUGGCAACGAGCGGACACUUACAGGCGCGCGCGGAGCCGGAUAGUAACAGUUGCAGCAAUCUUUCCUUUUUCUCUCCAGUAUUCUCAUCAACCAAGUAUUUUACAUCCUGAUGCUAUCCAAAAUGUUGCAGAAAAAACAGAUGUUUCUGAAAUGUGGGAGAAUGAUUUGCGCCCCAUCCUGAUAGAAAGAUACCCAGGGUCACCAGGAAAUCACGCCGUAAGACAGCACAUCAAGCAGCGCCUUCAAAGACUCCAAGCUGGUUGGGAAAUUGAAGAAGAUACCUUUCAGAAGUACACACCCUAUGGGUAUCAAACAUUUUCAAAUAUCAUCAGCACUCUCAACCCCUCUGCAAAGCGCCACCUGGUCCUUGCUUGUCACUACGACUCAAAAUUCUUUGGCCCACAGUGGCAUGGAAGAGUGUUUGUGGGAGCAACCGACUCAGCUGUGCCCUGUGCCAUGAUGCUGGAGCUGGCACGUGCCCUGGACAACAAGCUUCAGUCCAUCCAGACAAGCUCAACAUCAAGACCAGACCUUUCACUUCAGCUUAUCUUUUUUGAUGGAGAAGAAGCUUUUGUCCGGUGGUCCCCUUCUGAUUCCCUCUAUGGGUCUCAACAUUUGGCUCAAAAAAUGGUAUCUACUCCACAUCCACCGGGUUCAACCACCACAAAUCAACUCCAGGGGAUGGAUCUGCUGGUACUACUGGAUUUAAUUGGCGCACCAAACCCCGUCUUUCCCAAUUAUUUUCCAAACACUAGCCGAUGGUUUCAGAGGCUUCAAGCAAUUGAGCAGAAGCUACAUGGUAUGAAUCUGUUGAAGAAUCACCUUGAUGAAACACAGUAUUUCCAGAAUAAUGUACAUCGAGGCUUGGUUGAGGAUGACCACGUUCCAUUUCUAUUGAGAGGGGUUCCAGUCCUACAUCUGAUCCCAUCCCCUUUUCCUGAAGUAUGGCACACUAUGGAGGACACUGAAGAAAACCUUGACCAAACCACUAUUGAGAACCUCAGCAAAAUCCUCCAGGUGUUCGUACUGGAAUAUCUAAACCUGUGACAGAAAUGUUGGCUGCAAAUCUUAUUUCAUUUUAAGUGUUGUUUGCUCACCUUCACUUCUGUUAUUUAAUUACAUCAGAGUGCACUGAAGCCAAGCAAAAUACGGUGAUAGCUCUUGUUACACUGAUUACUGGUUCUGUUGUUCCCAGCUCAAUGUUCCAUAUAAAGAAAUAAAAGAUGGCAUUAAAUAAAAAUUAGUUUCAGCUCA